AUGGAAAAGCCUCUCGCCAAGGUCGUCCUCAUUCUGACGACUGUGCUAUCGCUAAGUUCUGAGGCAUUUUGCUUUGCUUGGAGGAGCGAAAAGGGCAUAUUUGGCCAUGGAGGAAAGGCUGUGCUGCAAACCACAAACAGCCCUUCCGGAUCUUCUCAGACAGACGUUCGAUUUUCGCGCAUUUACGAAGUGGCCCUGAAGGAACUUGAGGACAUGGAGUUAGAACCCCUCUGCCAUAGAAUUGCGGCCCGGCUUCUGGUCAACAACUGCCAGCUCCUCGAUGGCAAAGACGAAGCCUCUAUUCUUACCGACAGUGGGCGCCAGAUCCGGGACUUUGUGGACUCUUAUGCGGCGAGCCUGGCAAUAUGCGACCUUGAGCGCGGAAGCUUCGAUAUCCCGUCUGCCUGUGCGCAAUUCCGAGAGCCCGUCCUGGCUCAUCUGCCAGCUUCGAGCGAUCCCGUGCUUCACGUUACCUCAAAGCAGAUUGAUUCAUGCCUAGUUGGCUUAGCCACGUCAGAUUCGGCCUGGAACACUUGGAUCAGCUACCGUCACAAGGCACUCAGGUUCUGUGAAGCCGCCAGAGCUGACAACGAGAAGAUCCAGAGCAUUCGACUGUACCAGCGCCUCACCAAAGUCAUUGGCGACCUGGUAGCGGGAACGGAACUCGAGCUCCAGAAACACAUGGAUGAGCUUGACCGACGCGCAAGGGAAGCCAACGAAGCACUGAGCGACGUGACAUCGCACAUCCAUUCACUCCAGAACGAUUUAGGCGGCCUUUAUGAGUACAUACUGGCAAAUUUGGGGGAUGUUGCGGAGACAUCGAAGAACAUGAUACUGAAAGGUCAGACCGAAGCCGAGCGUCUCGAGAUGGCCCUGGCCACCAUGGUCAAGAUGGUUUCAGACAGCAGCUCUCAGGUCGCACUUGCUCACCAAGAUUCGCUCGAGCAAUUGCACCGUACGGCUGACGACGGGAUCGAUGACCUUAUCACGAGCGUGGCUUUGGUGGUCGCUUCGUCAACAACAUUGCAAAAUCAGAUGGAGCAGUCUAGGAUGCAGGCAGACGCCUUGAACAGGCGACAAUACUCACUGGAGCAGGGAAUUCUGCGACUAGAGAUCGUUUCGCAGAAUCUGUCCAGCAGGUAUGAGGACCAUGCACGCGCCCUUGGAGUGGCGAGCAAUAUCACGGACGAGAUACUCUGCUCGCUCCAAGAGGCGGCCUCUUCCGCCUCGACCAUCCAGGAGGCCUUUGUGCGGGACUAUAGCAGGAGCAGCUGGUGGCCUUACCUUGUCUGCCCGGCCGUCACGCUUGUGAUGGGCUCGUACGGAUUGCCGCCGUCUGUGCUCCGCAACAUGGGUCUCAUCGCGCUGGGACAGUUCAUUGGGCUGCUCAUUGAUACCGUUGAUCUUCAGAAGCUUCCUACAACGUUACUGACGACCAAUGCCACCACAAACUCGUCGAUUGCCCUCCCGGCCCCACCACCCCAGGUCCUCAAAAGAGCGCCGUUCGCCCCUCGUCCAGGUCUCGCCAUCUCUUCUUCCUCUCUCCUCUCCAUCGACAAUUCCGUCCAAGGCAACUGGCCUGACCUCCCUUUUCACCCCCUUGUCAAACAAGCGCUCCCCGGCCUCGCUCUAAGAGGCCGCCACACUCUGCAAGAAUGGUCGCAGCAACGGGUACAGCAGCCACGUGCGUCCGAGAGAUCGUCAGCUUCGGAUUCCCAGCGGUCCAGCCCUCCGUCACAGUCGGCCCUGCAUGAUUUCCCCGGCAGCAGCCUGUCCCUCCUCGGAGACAGCGUCGGCGGCAGCAGCAUCAGCAGCGGCCUACUCCUGGUCCCGCCUGGCAUCAUCGGCACUACUUCUCACGACAACUUCUUUUGGCCUUAUACUACUUGGACUACUACUACUACUACUACACCGGCAACUACAAUCCCGGCGGCACUGUACAAUACGCACCUCGACUUCUCUCCGGACUCGCUCGCGACCCCGCUCGACUUGGAGGACCCGACGGGCAGCCUGCCUCUCGACUGGGCUGCGUUUGAUUCCAUGUCACACUACGCCGGGCUGGACAAUGUCUCUCUCUUUCACGGCGCCGGCGACGUCCUGACCGUGCCUACGAGCGUGACCUCGACCGGACCCUCGUCUGUCGCCGUCAGCCCUGCCGUCCCCGGCAUCGUCGAGAGCGCUACAUGUUCGUCUGCUUCCGAGAGGGGCUCCCCUUCGGACUCGGGAGGCCUGAUUCCAGGCCUGACGUUCGACCGCAGCAGCAAUAACAAGAAGCCCCCCUCGCGCAAGCGCACGCACGACUCCCUGUCCGCGUCGUCGUCCAACGGCGGCGGCGGCGGUCCGGAGGCCGACGCCUCGGCGGAGCUGGCGCUCAAGCGGCAGCGCAACAACAUCGCCGCCAAGAAGUACCGGCAGAAGCGGAUCGACCGGAUCGCGGAGCUCGAGGACGAGGUGGACGAGGUGAAGCGGGAGAGGGACGAGCUCCGGAUCCAGCUGGCGCGGCAGGAGGCGGAGACGGCGGCGCUCAAGGAGAUGUUGAAGAUGGGCAUGGGCGGCGGCGGUGGAGGAUCUCCUAAGUAA